AAAAAACCAUUAACAUUUCUGUUCAAUUCUGGCCUUUCAGCUACUUAAAAGGUCACUAGAAUCUUCACCAUACCUCAAUCAAUCAACCAAGUUUUCUAAGACACCAGUUGGCACCUUCUUCUUCUUCUUCUUAUCUGAUUUUUCCUUUUAAGUAUAUCCUCUUUCAUAUUUUUCUUCUGUUCCCCACCAUUUCCUUUUUAAAAUUAUAUUAUUAUUUGUUGCUUUUUGCUUAAUAGUUAGCCUCGUGUUUCUUAAAUAUUUGCUGUAUCUAUUCCCACAGAUAUAUGUAUAUAAUACAUAAUACAUAUAAUAUAAUUAUUUUUAUUAUAUGCAUAUAAAUAUGUGUGACGCUAUUGUCGAAUUCGUGUUUGACGACAGUUUGUACGAUAAUUAUUGGGACUUCUCGAACUUUGGUUUUAUUUUUGGUACUUGGGCGGUGUGUUCUUUCCCAGAUUAAGAAUUAUCCAGAUUCCACUUUUGGGUUGUUCAGUUUUGGCAAAUUUUCAUCUGGGUAAUCUUUGGUUAGUCCGAAAGUUUGGUUUUUUGAUACCUGCAUGUGCUGUUUCACGAGACGAGAUUAGGAAUUUUUUCAUAAGAAUUAGGUUGUCUCUGAGAAACUCCACCAAAACUGCAAAAGUUAUCAGAAGAUUCAAAUUUCAAGCAAAGGUCUUCCAAGAAUGAAUCAACACACAAAAGUUAAGCGUAAAGUGGGUAAAUAUGAAUUGGGGAGAACAAUUGGAGAGGGAACGUUUGCAAAAGUCAAGUUUGCAAGAAAUUCUGAGACAGGAGAGCCUGUGGCUAUUAAGAUUAUUGAUAAGGAGAAAGUUCUCAAGCACAAAAUGGCUGAACAGAUCAAACGAGAAGUGGCAACAAUGAAGUUAGUAAAGCAUCCAAACGUUGUUCGGUUAUAUGAGGUGAUGGGAAGCAAAACUAAGAUUUUUAUUGUUUUGGAAUUUGUUACUGGAGGAGAGCUUUUUGACAAAAUUGUAAACCAUGGGAGGAUGAGAGAGGAUGAAGCACGUAGAUAUUUCCAACAGCUAAUCAAUACAGUCGAUUAUUGUCAUAGUCGGGGUGUUUAUCAUAGAGACUUGAAGCCAGAAAAUUUGUUGUUGGAUGCGUAUGGAAAUCUUAAAGUUUCAGAUUUUGGAUUGAGUGCACUAUCUCAACAAGUCAGGGAUGAUGGUCUUCUUCACACAACUUGUGGAACUCCAAAUUAUGUUGCUCCUGAGGUCCUUAACGAUCAAGGCUAUGACGGUGCAACGGCAGACUUGUGGUCUUGUGGAGUGAUACUAUUUGUAUUACUUGCAGGUUACUUGCCUUUUGAUGACUCUAAUCUUAUGAUCCUGUAUAAAAAAAUCUCGUCUGCUGAAUUUACUUGCCCACCUUGGCUAUCUUUCAGUGCGAUGAAAUUGAUAGCUCGAAUCUUGGAUCCCAAUCCCAUGACUCGGAUUACUAUACCGGAAAUUUUGGAAGAUGAAUGGUUUAAGAAGGAUUACAAGCCUCCUGUGUUUGAUGAGAAAGAAGAUACAAACUUAGAUGACGUAGAAGCUGUGUUUAAGGAUUCAGAAGAGCACCAUGUGAUGGAAAAGAGGGAAGAACAACCAGCAGCUAUGAACGCGUUUGAUCUAAUUUCAAUGUCUAAAGGACUAAAUCUUGGCAACUUGUUUGAUGUUGAACAGGGCUUUAAGAAAGAGACAAGAUUCACAUCCCGAUGCCCUGCCAAUGAAAUCAUUCAUAAAAUUGAAGAAGCCGCAAAGCCUCUUGGGUUCGAUGUACACAAGAAAAACUACAAGUUGAGACUCGAAAAUAUGACAGCCGGAAGAAAGGGAAAUCUUAAUGUUGCCACAGAGAUAUUCCAAGUUGCGCCGUCACUUCACAUGGUCCAAGUUCGAAAAGCGAAAGGAGACACCUUGGAAUUUCAUAAGUUCUAUAAAAACCUCUCUACUUGCUUGGAGGAUAUUGUUUGGAAAACUGAGGAAGACAUGCAAUCAACCAAGUAGCAAAUUGUGUCCAUCCAGAAGAGUGAUGACCAAUAGUUUUUUCUUUUUUUUUUUUGGUGUAUUUGGAAUCAAGCUACAUGAACAGCUGUUUCUCUUCUCCCAUUGUUCUAUAUGUUCAUUCUUUCCUUAUCUUUUUUUCUGUUUUUUUUUUCCUCUUAUCUUUUUCUCUUUCUUGUCAUAUUGAUGGACAGACAGAGAUGGCUUUCAUCAAAUGUUUUCCCAUGUUAUUAUAGUUGGAAAACAUGGAUAUCAUUCAUACCCCAUACCAAGUGGAAUUGUUUGUGUUCAUCUUCA